AUGCGUGUCUUGCAAGAAAAAUUCAUUGGGGCUCGUACAAGCGGAAGCGACGCCUCUGGAACUAGAACUGUAGUGACAAUUGAUGAUGACAGUGACGAUGGUGACACUACUGAGUCCAAGGCUAGCACUCCGGAGCAAGAGGAUAUAGAUAACAUUGGUGACAUGCAUGAGAGUUCCGAUGGGAACGACAAUUAUGACCACGAUGGAGAUGUUCCUUGUGGCAAUUACGCAGAAAAGCAAGGCAGCUCGGAUACCUUCUCUAGAUCUAUGGGUAGCAGUAUGCGUCCUGUCAGUGUCGAGCCGGUUACUGAUAUUACUGAGGGUUCGGACCUUGUUGCAGCCACUGUCGACCCUGCUCGAAACACCCCUAAGAUUGGGCACGUUGCCCAGAACAUGGAAAUCGUGCCCGUGGUGGCUCCCUCCUUUGACACCUUUGACAGAUUGGUUGAGGCAGUCCUUGCGGAGUCGUUUCCAACCAUGCCGCCAACAAAUUCCCAGGACACAACAUCCACGUUCCGAAUCACAGACCCAUUGCCUCCUAUCUUCUAG